AUGGGACCCUUGUCCUGGCCCGUGGCCCCUGCCAGCCCCAGCCCAGGCUUUGUGCCCUCCCGUGACUGCCCCUCUGAGGACCCGCAGCAGCCACGGGGCACCCAGGCCCUGCACCGCCCGCCCAAUACCACCACCACUGUGUGCCUGACCAUCACAGCCACCACCACCAUGUGCCUGACCAUCACAGCCAUCACCACCACCACUGUGUGCCUGACCACCAUAGCCAUCACCACCAUGUGCCUGACCACCACAGCCACCACCACCACCAUGUGCCUGACCACCAUAGCCAUCACCACCAUGUCCAUCACCACCACCACCGUGUGCCUGACCAUCACAGCCACCACCACCAUGUGCCUGACCACCAUAGCCAUCACCACCGUGUGCCUGACCACCACAGCCACCACCACCACUGUGUGCCUGACCACCAGAGUCAUCACCACCAUGUCCACCACCACCGUGUGCCUGACCACUACAACCACCACCAUGUACCUGACCACCACAGUCACCACCACCAUGUGCCUGACCAUCACAGCCAUCACCACCACCGUGUUCACCACCACCAUGUGCCUGACCACCACAGCCGCCACCACCAUGUGCCUGACCACCACAGUCACCACCACCAUGUGCCUGACCAUCACAGUCACCACCACCAUGUGCCUGACCACCAGAGCCACCACCACCAUGUACCUGACCAUCACAGCCACCACCACCAUGUUCACUACCACCAUGUGCCUGACCAUCACGGUCACCACCACCAUGUGCCUGACCACCAGAGCCACCACCACCAUGUACCUGACCAUCACAGCCAUCACCACCGUGUGCCUGACCAUCACAGUCACCACCACCACCACUCAGCCCCGAGGCCUCCAGCUCCUGCCCCUCCUCCUGCAGCGAGUCUCGGGCACGGAGUCAGGACCGGGGACCCCGCUGGCCAUGGCCCCCUACCCCGUGCCAUGCCCUGGGCCUGUGUCCGGCUUGCUCAGCGUCCUCCUGCUUCUGGCCACCUCCUUCAGUGCUGCUCAUGAAAGCUGGGACGACCCCGUGUGCACCGAGGGCGUGGUCUCCGUGUCCAGGGGUCAGCGUGCCGUGAUGACCUGCAACAUCUCCAACCCCUUCACCCGCAUCGCCGUCAGCCUGAGCGCCCCCGGGGCCGACGGGACCCUCUUCCGCGUGGAGCCCUCCGCAGGCUGCUCCCGCGUCUCCCGGGACGGCUGGCAGCUCCUGGUCCAGGGGGGCCGGGCCCAGCUGGUGGAGGAGUCCGCGCAGGACCGCCACGCCGGGCUGUACUCCUGGCGUCUGCGUGGACACCAGCUGAACCACAGGAGCGUGUCCCUGAACGUGUCGGGUGAGUGA